AUGACAGCAAUGAUAGUACCAGACGAUUCAUUUAUUAGCGAUGACGAAGAGGAAUAUUGUCCAUUAUGUGUUGAAGAGAUGGAUAUUUCAGACAAGAACUUCAAACCAUGUCCGUGUGGAUACCAGAUAUGUCAGUUUUGUUACAACAAUAUUAGACUGAACCCGGAAUUGAAUGGACGAUGCCCUGGUUGUAGGAGAUUGUAUGACGACGAGAGUGUUGAAUACAAGACGAUUAGUCCGGAAGAGUACAAGAUCCAACAAGCAAAGAAGGAAAAGAGGGAACGUGAAAAGAAGCAGCGUGAAAAGGAAAAGAAGGAACUGGAUAUGGCCAACAAAAAACACUUGUCAGGAUUGAGAGUGGUGCAAAAAAAUUUGGUAUAUGUUACUGGGUUGAAUCCACCUUGUAGCCCAGAUGAAUUGCAUUCAGUUUUAAGGUCAGACAAGUAUUUUGGCCAAUAUGGAAAGAUCAACAAAAUUGUCAUCAAUAAAAAGAACCCCAACCCUCUGAAUUCGUCCACUCAUCACCAUCAAAAUCCUGGAUUGGUUGUAUACGUCACAUUUGCCAAAAAGGAAGAUGCGUUGAACUGUAUAACUGAGCUUGACGGAUCUUUGUGUGAUGGAAGAGUAUUGAGAGCAGCACAUGGUACCACAAAGUAUUGUUCAUCAUACUUGCGUGGUCAUCCAUGUCCAAAUCCAAAUUGUAUGUUUUUGCAUGAACCUGGAGAAGAAGCAGACUCAUUCACUAGAAAGGACUUGUCAACACAACAAGGUAUAAAGAUGGGUAUGACGUCUAGAGCACAUACCACAUCAUUUGGAGAAGAUACUUAUAUUCCUAAUCAUCAGCUCAGCCAAAUGACCGAUGAGGAUUUACAACAAUACCAACAUCAACAUCAACAACAACAACAACAACAUGGCCAUCAAGGUAGCCACCAUGUGUCCAAUCAACAUUUCCAUAACGACUUGAGCAAGGAGCAUUUACCUGUCACUGCCCAUUGGGCCAAUGCUAAUGGACAAGUUUCUGGACAAAGCUCACCAAGUGUCAACAACAAUGUCCCCUUGGCUAACGCAGCUGCAUUUCCAACAUUGGGUGAGAUUGCUCGCGAGAAGCAACAGCAACAGCAACAGCAGCGCAGGGAGCCCAAAUCGAGGGUCUCAAGUACAAAAUUAUCCAAAAUCAACAGCUCUACACCAGUUGAUGAUGUUGAUUUGAAUGAUGAUUCGGUUAUUCCAUUCAUUGAACUGAUUGUAGCCGAAGUCAAAUCGUUGGAUGAAAUCAAAAAUGUCAAAUUCAAGUCGUUUGGCGACGCGGAUAAACCGUUGCCAUUAUUUGCAUUUGGGGGAGGUUUUACUGACUCGACUACCACCAAGCCAGAAGAUGAAAAGGUAUUGGCGCGUCAAGUUAUAGAAAAGUAUUUAUUGAGGCCAGUUAAAAACUAUCAUUUGGCAUAUCCUAACCAUCCAAUCAUGCAACAACAAGCAUUAUUACAACGCCAACAGCAGCAACAACAACAACAACAACAGUCACAACCACAGCAACAAGGUACUUCCGGUAUGCUGUACACUCAAUUGCAAGACAAGACUGUCGAUCAGCACUUGUUGGCUCGUCAAUUGCAACAGCAACAGUUACAGCAAUUACAACAACAACAACAACAACAACAGCAGCAGCAGCAGUUGAAUCAGUUGAACAUGGUCAAAACUGGUGAUCGUGUCAAUACUUCGACCCCACCACCUCCUGGAUUGUUUGCAGGUAGAACACCAACCACGCAAAACGAUGUUCCCUUGGUUGGUGCUGGUGCUCCGCAACGCACUUCGUCGCAGUUGUUGACGCAAUUAAUGAGCAAGAAAUGA